CACACUCACACACACAGACACACCCACAAACAGACACACUCACACACACACACACACACACACACACACACACACACACACACACACACACACACACACAGAGCUAUGGCAGAAGAACAGAUUUCUCCUAUGAAGGAUUUUCUGAUCACUUAUAUAAUGCCUGUAAAGUGUUAUGAGCAUCUGUUCCUCCGCCUGAACCUGACACACGGGCCAUGUGUGAAGAUUGUGCUGAGUAAGAUUUUGAGUAUGUGGAUGCUGGGAGAACUCAUAGCACCAUUGAUUCAGAUCUGGGUGGUGGUGCGGUGUGGCAGUGCUGAGGGUCUCAGUUUGGUGUCUGUGGUUCUGCAGCUACUCGCCAUCUCAAGUCACACAGCAGCCUGCAUACUACGCAAAUUCCCCAUCGGGGCCUAUGGAGAGAGUGUGUUUCUGUUGGUUCAGUUUGUGUUACUGCUUUUCCUUAUUCAGUAUUACAAAGGGAAGUCCGGCACAGGCUGUGUUCUCCUCUUUGUGUAUUCUAGUUUGAUGUACUUGUUGACCUCAGCUCUGACCCCUGAGGUCAUUGUCAUGGCGAUGCAGGAGUGGAGUAUCUUGAUCUUCACCAGCAGUCAGUUGAUCCAGGCAGGCUGUAAUCUGAACAGUGGGUCCACGGGACAGCUUUCUGGGGCAAGUGCGUUUCUGGUGUUUUUGGCAUCUCUGGGACAUACUUUCCGAUCCACACAGGAGUCUCUUUCUCUCCUCUCUCAGGCCCAUGUCCUCUCCACCUGCUGCUCCCUGCUGCUCCUCAUGCAGAUUCUCAUUUACAGAAAAACCCCAACGAGCAGAGAGACACCAAGGAGGAAGAAGGAAGAGUAAAGAGAGUGAUAGAGGUGUGUGUUAGGGUUAGGGUAUUACAUUUCCAGCAUUUGGCAGACUCUCUCAUCCAGAGUGACACAUUAUCUCAUUUUUAUAUAAGUGAGCAAUUGAGGGUUAAGGGCCUUGCUCAGGGGCCCAACAGUGACAGCUUGGUGGACCUGGGAUUUGAACUCACAACCUUCUGAUUAGUAGCCCAACACCUUAACCUUGGCUACCACUUGCGUGCGUGUGUGUGUGAGAGGUUAUCUGUCUAUGCUUCAUUAAGACGUGUCAUAAACGUUGCUUAUUUUGUAUUUUGCAAAUUGUUCCUGCUGUAAAAUCUCCUGCUUUACAAUAAAAUUCCACACCACACAGGAAACA